UAUGCCAAAAAAAGAAAAGAGAAGAAGACACUCGAUGAGAAAGGAAUGGCUUGCGAAUUUUUGUCAAUGUUUUACUCCUUCAACAUCUCCUCCACACUCUUCUCAUCCCGAAACUUCCACUCAUCACAAACCUUCAACAUCUCAUCAUGAAACUUCCACUCCAAACACAAAAAACCAUUGUGAAGUACUAAUCGAAUUAAUUAUCCACUGUAAAGUGUUUAUUAGAUAUUUACAUUCUGAAGGGGCAGAAGGCUCUUUGAUUGAUAUAUUCUCUUUUAUGGAAAAUCAUGAAGAAUUUGAAAAUCUUAUACAAAUUUUAAAUUAG